AUGGGCGACCUGUGCCGUUUCUCGCACAGCGUGAAGGACGGCACGCAGGCCUUGUCCAGGCCAGGUUCCGCCCUGGGGCCGCCGCCGCGAUCUGUUGCGGCCGCCGCAGAUCCCGAAGAUCCUUUCCGAGUCUUCAAAGCACUGAGCUCAAGGGAACUGAACUCCGCGGGUCAGUUCCGAAGCUUCCUGGGCUCCGCCAUUGCCGCACUGUCCGGCGCCUCUGCAGCCGACAAGGCAGAAAUCGUGCUACAGAUGCUCUGCGGGGUCUGGCGCCCAGCACCACUACGUAAUGCCGCGACGGCUGACAGCGGCGGGGGGGCAGGUUUGUACGGCGCGUUGUCUUCUUCCGCCGCCGUUGGCACCGCUGGUGCUGACUGCUAUGCAAAUGCACACCUUCGAAAAUGCGUCCUGGACUUCAAGGAGCGACAUCUGAAGGGGAGUCUUACCGUAGAGGUGCUGUGCGGUCGGGUAUUUCCACUUCUGCGCCUUUUGACAUUAGAGUCCAUCCGGGACUCGCUCCGAAGCCACUGGACCAAUCCUGUGUACGACAGUAUAAUUCAUACGCUGGAUUUUGGCGCAUUGGCCGCCGUGUACGAGCAGAUGUUGGCGGGUACGCUGACGGUGCCGCUGGCCGACGCCGGCGCCACCGGAGCUGCUGCCACGUCCACACCGUCGUCAUCGUCGUCGACAUCUUUCUCCUCCACGCCCGCGCCUUACAGUAAUCGCGAUAGCAAGCUACUGGAGCGGUUUCAGCUGCUGCAAUACCGAGACAUGCUGGCGGAGCCGGCGCAGAAGCUGACGGCGGCUCUGGCGGCACUGUACGAGCGCCGUGUCGUCGGCGUCGGGGGCAGUGUGAUGACGCAUGGGUCGCGUGGCCGGCGAAUGCGGAUGAAGCUGCGUGCUGUGCAGGAACAGCUGGCACAUGGAGCGGAACGUGUACGGAUUUUGGACGAGCACGAGGCAGCGCUACAGCGCACGGCAGAUGCGAUCCGAGAGGCCGCCGCGCGAGGGGACAGGGUGGCAGCGGAACGGCUCCGAGACCCAAACUACCUGCCAGGCAACCUCCGAGCCGCCGGGCCGCGUCACGACAACGACGCGGAGGACUUCCGCCACAUCCUGGUGGUGCCCACGUGCGGCGAGCUGCUCUGUGGCGAGUGGCCCUACCUGCCGAGCAACAGACCCGCAUCCAUGCCGCACCUAGCCGAUGAUCCCCACCGAGCCCGAUUGGAGGUCAACUUCCGGCUGCUGCGACACGACGUCGUGGCUCCGCUGGCGUCGGCGUUACAGAAGUUCAAUAAACUGGGGCGCUUAAGAUGGCUGCAGCAGCAGCAGCAGCGGCAGCAGCGGGCCGCGGCCACCGGCCGCCUGACUCUGGAGGGCGGUGCGCAGCUGUUUGUGUUUCGGAGGGUGCGCGUGGUGGGUAUGGCUGUGACGCGGCAGGAGGGUAUGUACAUCAAGGUAAGGACGUCACUUUCGAUCAGCCGGCCAUGA